AUGUCCAACGCGGCUGUCGGUACCGUCUACGAGCACAUUAUCAACGAGGUGAUCAACGCUGUGCGCGUUGACUUCGAAGAGAAUGGUGUCGACGAUAGUGUUCUGGAAGAACUAAAGAAGGGAUGGCAACACAAGCUGUCCCAGCUCAACAUUGCUCAGUUUCCUUGGGACCCCAAGCCUGAAGCACCACCGCCGGCGCAGGCCACGCAGAACACUUCUUCUGCCGUUAAUGCGCAGGCGGCUGCUACCCAGCAACCAACGGCCAACUACACUCAGUCGACCCUGAGUCCACAAACGGCCGCUCAGUCCCCGUCGCAUCCUGGCGGCCAGCCUAACGGCAAUGGCGUCGCUAUCAAGAGUGAACCAGGCAUGGCGAACGAGCCUACCAUCAAGCAAGAACCGGGUACUAUGCAGCCCAUGAUGCACCCCGCCUACCCUGGAAACAACGCCGCUCGUGGUGGUAUGGCUGCCCAGCGGGCUGCCCAAGCCAUCGCAAAUCGGUACGGAUCGCAGGCCCAGGCUUCCAUCAACGCUAUUCACCAGCAAACUCAACAGCCGCAGAUUCCCGGACAGGCACCACCACCACCACCAACACCACAACAGCAGCAGCAGCAGCAGCAGUUUAGCCCACAGCAGCAAUAUCAGCAGACUGUUGCCGCUCAGAUGCAGCAGCGCAUACCACAGCAGCCUGGGCAGCCUGGACAGCCGCAGCCUCUCAGCCAGCAGAACGGUCUCGGUGGCGCGCAGGUAGAUGGCUCCAGCGACGGAUUUGACGGUGUCCUGAUGCGUCGCGAUGCGGACGGCAAUCCGGUCGAGAUGGGUCGCGUCGAGAUCGACAACCUGCUUCACGCCCAGCUCCUAGAAAGAGCCAAACAGAGGGAAGGAGGCGGCCUGAUGCUUCCGUUGAAGGAAGCCACCAAGCAGAGGAGUAACGCCACCAAGAGUCGCCGUGCGGCCGCCGCCGGUGGUCCGAAUCAGCUUGAUGGAAAUGAUGAGGACGAUGACGAGUUUGACGAAGAUGCCAUCAACUCGGAUCUUGAUGACCCUGAGGAUGAAAGGGAUGACGACGACGAAGAGGAUGAGGCUAGUGGCUGGAUCAUGCUCUGCUUGUAUGACAAGGUGCAGCGCGUCAAGAAUAAGUGGAAGUGCACCCUCAAGGAUGGUGUCUUGACUGUCAACGGCAAGGAAUAUGUCUUCCAUAAAGCCAAUGGGGAAUAUGAGUGGUAA